CGAGCUGAUCCUCCAGUUGACUUCCUCAGUGGGACGGAGACCAUGGCGGCGGCUGCUGCCUGCGGCCAGCACAGUGCUGCGAUAACGGCCGCUGUUACCGGCAAAAAGACGCAUAGUAACCGGGAACACACUCGGAGGAACCGGGAGAACUCUCGGCGGAGACAAGCCGCUCUUUUAUUCCUUAGUAACAUCUCCCUGGACGGACGGCCGGUCCAGAGUAAUGCAGCCGAACAUGUAGGAAGCCGCCACCAUAAAGAGACCGACUUGGAGGGAGCCGACUCCGGCUCUGCGGCGGCGGUGGCGGCCGGGUUAUGCCCGGAGCUGGGCAACAACAGCGGCUACGGGACAUUCGCCGGUUUGGCAGCCAACGUUAAUUCUUCCUCGGCACCAAGGACAGGACUCCUCAACAUACCGCCUAUCCUCGUCCUGCCGUCGGACACGGGCUUUGACGAAGUGGGGAGCGCGGAGGUGCUGCUGGAGUGCCGCAGAGGCUCGUUCCCCUCGCCGGGGAACAGUAACCUGCUCUCACCGUCCACGUCUAACGCCAGCCUGCUACCGUCGCCACUGGGACCGCGGAAGUCCUCCACACUGCUGUCGGUUCAGAGCUGUAACUCCGUGUCCUCAGAGCCGCGACAAAGGACUCGAAACCUCUCGGGAGGCUCUCCCAGACCUCGACACACCAAGAAGAUCCACUUCAUCAAAAACAUGAAACAGUACGACACGAGAGGCAGCAGGAUCGUGCUGAUCUGUGCAAAGAGAUCUCUGUGUGCUGCCUUCUCUGUUCUGCCCUACGGAGAAAGCUUCUACCUCAGUGACCCUACGUUAAACCACCCCAGAAGGAGGCACUCGUCUGGAAACAUCUCCACCACCCUGGAGAUGCUGCCGGGGCUGGAGGGCUUUCAACUGGACACCUACGGCAGGUCGGUGUCGUACGCCCAGUUCCUGUACCCCACUAACGCUCUGGUGAGGCACAAGCCGUCGUCGACCAGCGACCUGACGCUGCAGAUUCCCGUGUCCAGGAGCACACACAGCAUGCCGGGCAGGAGCUGCCCACCCAGCAGACUGAACAGCACUGUGGGACUGGACCUGGGUCUAGAGGAUGUGACAGAUUAUGACCCCAACCUCCUCAGUGACCCCCAGUGGCCUUGUGGGAAACACAAGCGGGUGCUGAUCUUCGCCUCCUACAUGACGACAGUAAUAGAAUACGUCAAACCGUCUGAUCUGAAGAAAGACAUGAACGAGACGUUUAAGGAGAAGUUUCCUCACAUUAAACUCACCCUCAGCAAGAUACGCAGUCUGAAGAGAGAGAUGAGAGUGGUUGGGGAGGACUGCGGCUUGCAGCCCGUCACCAUCGCAAUGGCGUUCGUCUACUUUGAGAAGUUGGUGCUGCAGGGUCGACUCAAUAAACAGAACAGGAAGUUGGUGUCAGCUGCCUGCAUCCUACUGGCUGCUAAGAUCAGCAGUGACCUCAAGAAACAGGAGGUCAAACACCUCAUCGAUAAGCUGGAGGAGCGUUUCAGGAUCAGCAGGAGAGAGCUGAUAUCAUUUGAGUUCACCAUCCUGGUCGCCCUGGAGAUGGCGCUCUACCUCCCUGAGAGUAAAGUCAUGCCACAUUACAGAAAGCUGGUGCAGCAGCAGCAGUCAUAGCAGCGCACACACCGACCCCUCCCCGCAGGGACUCCCAGCACCUUCCAGCUCCACACUGUGACGGGCGGCGCCUUGUGAUGCCUGGCUCAGAGGUACUGAGGCACUGAGGAGUCCUCCUCUCUGCUCACACCGCAGACACCAAAGCUCAUCCACACUGUGAUGGUAGUGCGACAGCAGGCCUGACGGCGUCUGGCUCAGCGGCACAGAGAGCGACAUCGCCUUCUCUCCUCCCUCAAACACCAAAGUGACGACACACUGUGAUCGAUGGUUCAGCGGCAGGACUGGUGCCUGGCUCAGCGGCACCACGAGAAUCACUGAGGGUCAAAUUCACAAGACUCAGACUCACGUCUUUCUCAUGGUUUGUUGUCUUUGUUCGAUCUUCAUACACUUGACCUCCUGUUGGGAUAAAAAAGAUUUUCCUCACCAGCUCCUUAGCAGAGAUUUUAGUCAUGGAGACUCUGCUGAACUCGACUCUGUGAGGAUUGUUGGUUGAAACUUGUACGACACAUUUACAUCAUUUUGGUUCAAUCUGGGAUUUUGUCAAGCGUUUAUGAAGCUUUGUUUAACAGGUUUGAGUCUUCCUUUCUAGGAUCUGUGCAGUUAAGAAGGCGAGAAACAUGUUGGCCAAAAAAAAAAUGUCCCAAAGGUUUCGCUUCAGGUUUUACCACCGCACCUGUUCAUCUUUUAAAGUAGUGGUUCCCAACUGGUCCAGAUUUCUCCUCAGUCAUUAGUUCAAGGUCCACACAGUUUAAUAUAUUCAGUGUCAUACUUGUGUUUGGUCAUGUCGUCGCGCUAGUUUGCUGUCUCUGUCAUGUAGCUGUCUGUUAGUCACUCACUCUGCAGCAGGAAACGGGACUUCAAAAUAAAGGCUCUGUGCCGGAAAUUCACUGUACGACCCACCAGUUGGGAACCACUGCUUUAAGGGCUCCUGAUGGAUGUGUGAAAUGCAGAAAAUCGAACCUGUUCCCAAAACCUAAAUGACAGAGUGAAGCUUCGGAGUCAGUAUGCAAAUGUGAUUGAAACAGUGUGAGGUCGUACGUGUUUAUUUAGAAGUGGUCAAAAAAACGGACUCAUUGUGCAGAGGCCUUCAGACUUAAUCAAAUUGCUGCCAUCACUUUCCAACAGUUUAAUAUUCCGAUUUUUCUUUUUUUGGACUAGAUUUUCUCCAGACCGCUGCGUGCUUUAGUUCUCCUUAUUUAACAUUUCUUAAGUCGAAAACUUUCAAGUCUGCUGCCUCUGUAGCACUGUGGACUGCGAUAAGAAGAAAAUUGGACAGAGAGGCUAAAAAUAACCUUUCUUAUUUUGAUUUAAAUGUGCUGACAGUCAGGAGAAACAAAGCUUUGUUCUUUAGACAAUAAUUUUCCUGCAUUUAAAAGCAUCUUAAAUCAAUACUGCAGAAUGUUUUCUGCAGCUGCAGCAAAGAUGUUGCCAACAUUCCCAUAUUUGUGUUGAAACUUGCAUGAAAUUCAAUUUGAGGCGAUAAAUUUCAGGCCACGAGGGGAGCUGGUACAGCACCGUGGUGACACUUUGUUGUGUGUCUUGUCUUCUGGCUGGACUGGUUUCAUCGCUCAGUCUCUUGUUUGGACUCUCACUCACAUUAAUGUCAUGAAGUCAGCACUUUUUAGAUUCUCUUUGAACAUCCAGCCGGCUGCCUCUAAAUCAUCACUGUGUUUGUAGCUUGUUUUCCGAGGACGUUAAUGCUCCCACUCAGAUGCUUCUUCACUGCUGUGACUGUACUUCAGUUUAUUGAGGGGGAGGUUCACUGCUUCACAUGAGCCAGCUUUAAUGUCUGACACAUGGAGCUGCAGUCUGCUGCUGUCAGAAGCUCCUCUGGAGCAGUGUAGAUGUUUAAGUGCCUUGCCUGAGGGCACCUGAAGAGCAGUUGUUCCCUUCCUGUCUGUCCCUGGAUCCAGAUAUCCAAACAGACCACUUCUCUUUAUUUUGACCUCUGUCUUGCUCUCAUGUUCUCGUCCCUCUUCCUCGCUGGUUUGGUGUGAACAAUCAGCAGGCUGCUGCUCACUCUGGUGGUCGCAGAGAAGCAGUGCAUCCUUUGAGAAAAAUGCUGUGAUGAUGAGGAGACACAGUCAGAUCAUGUUGUAAUCAUUCUAUAUACUGUGUUAUAUCUUGAAUGCAACUCAGCUGAUGUCACAUGGCAGCAGAGGCAGAUGAUCUGGUUGAUAUUCAGGGUGAAAUUUUAAAAUAGAAACCAAGAAUCUGUCACUAAAUUAAUAUAUUAGCAUCUGUUUGAUGUUAAUUACCACAUGUUUUGUUAAUGUAAGAGCUGAAACGAUUAGACGAUCAAUAUGGCAUUAAUCAGGUUUGGUUUUUAAGGCAGAAAUACCCCAAAGUCACUAUUUCCAACUCCUCACAUGAACAUUUUCUGCUUUUCUUUGUCUUCUGUGAUAUAAAACUAAAAAUCUUUGAGUUUUAGAUAACUGGCCGCACAAAACUAAACAUUUGAAUAUGGACUUUGAGAAAUGGUGAGGGACAUUAUCCACUUGUUUCUGACAUGUUAGAGACAAGAAAAUAAACAAUAGAAUAAUUACAUAUGAUUAAUUAAGAUGAACAGAACGAUGGGGGCUGUACAAACACAUGAAUGAAAAGCCCUGAAACAGCCAUGCUCACAUAAGGUCCAGGUAAUAACUGAUUAUGAUAUUUCUGGGACAGUUUUUAAGGUGGACUGCAAACAGAUUAUUCAUGUUUCUUGAAGGGAGCUGGCUGUAGCUACAGACUUCCUCAAUUUAUCUGCACUGUGAACUUCACCAAAAAAGACCUUUCUGUUUAUGAACUACCUUAGAAAAACUGUUUCACUCCAAUGCUAUUUAUUCUGUUUUUACUGUGUCAUAAAGGGAGAAAUAUUUAACCAAACGGAGGCCUCUAACAGGACGGUUGUGCCUGUUGUUCCUCCUUAAAAUUGUUGUCUGAAUACAGUGGGUUUUUUCUGCUUUAUCCAGAAACAAGGUGGGUGUUUAGUUUUAUUUAAAAGGGGCGAUCAUUGGUUACAGGCGGCCAUGUUGGAUAAAAAACAACAGCACAAACACCUUCUGUAGGGCCUCUGUUUUUUUGCACUUUGCCUUUUUGCUUCACAAUCCUGAAUCUUUAUUUUAUCACUAAGCAACAAGGGUAAUAAUAUUUUUCUACAUGAAAUGUAUGUUAUUGUAUUAUUGUAUACUGAAAAGUGACAGUCACUGAAAUUUAUUGAUUGCUUAUAAUUCUCCAGGUGAAGAAUCAUAUUUUAAUGAUGAUGCAAAGCAGAUAAUUCAGUUUAAUUUAAAAUAUUAUUCUUCAUCUUGAGGUUUCACAUCCAUGUUCUUCCAUUGAUGUUACUUUCCCUCGUGUGUUAAAGGGACUUUGUUGUAUUUUGGAGGCUGGGUUCAUCUGCACUGGACUGUUGGAGCAGGAGAGCUGAUGGUGUUCAUACACACAGGUCCUGACAUGAUAUCGUGUUCCAAGUCGCUCUGUUGCGUAUUGCUAAGGGUUCGAGUCGGGUCAGGUUAAGUAAAAAAAAAAAAGUACUCUUUCCCUCAGUGACCGGGCCAAUCAUCUGUGUUGCUUCCUGUGUUGAUAUGUAAAGCCCAGGUGGAGGAGGGAAAGGCUGCUUCAUCAGCCUGGUGAGCUAAUGGAGUGUGAUGAAGAAAGAAAAGUAUGACCAUGAGUUCAGGUUUUAAAUUUGCCAGGUCAAAUCUUAAAUAGUGAGACUGCCGAUAAUCUGCUCUUUUUUAAUUGUCAACAAAUUCCAUGAAAAGAUCAACACUAACAACGUGACGUUCUGUUGUUGUCUGUCUCUCAAAGCUUUACGUCCGUACUGUGUAGCUCCCAAAUCUUACGAGGCCCUUAAAGCCCCAGAGGGUGACAUUUAAGUUUUUUACUUUAGAGGGGUCUGUACAAAGUACAUUCGUUACAAUUCAGUUUAAUUCAACUCAUUUGUAUUUACAAAGGCCAAUAUCACAAAUCAGUUUGUCUCAGAGGGCUUUACAGCAUGCGACAUCCCUCUGUCCUCUGACCCUCACAGUGGAUAAGGAAAAACCUUUAACGGGGAAAAAAAUGUCACAGAUAUAUCUCUUCUUUUUUAAAAGACUCAGUAAUUUCUCAAACAGCUGGAUGCUAUAGUUUUUAAAAGUGUUACUCAAACAGCAGUAAAUAGUGCAUUUGCUAGGGACUAUUUUAAUCGGCGGAUGAAUCCGCAUUUGAUGCCCUAGUGAGUUUUUGAAUAGUUUUUCUCAGGCACUGAUAUACAGACAGUACUCGUUCAGAGAUGCAUUCUUUGUUUGAUUUGGUCUUUUCAUGAGAUUUUGUUGCACUUGGCGUGGCGUGUGGUUUUCGUUGGUUCCGCACCGCUGUCUCUCUUUCCUCUGCCUGCGGAUAAACACUACGCGCCAUAAACACACAAGACUUUCACACUGAGCUGAAAUGAAACGUGCUCAUAAUUUUACUUAAAAACAUAAACACUGAGUGUGUUUACAUGGACAGGUUGAUUCCCUUUUCAUUCGGAAUUAAAGUUCAUUCCUAUUAAAAGUGAUCUCGUAAACACCUAAUUCGGAAUGAAAAUGGCCAGUGCGAUUGAAAAUUCAAUCCGAUGUAAGGGGCUGGAAUAUUCCGUUUCUAAUUCCCAAUGAAAGAAUUUCUCGCACUUGUAUACACUCAUUCCUCUUUAAGUUCAUUCCGGUCUUUCUGCACAUGCUCGUUUCCUUGCCCUUCUGGCGCAAUGACAUAUAUAGUGCGCAUAUUAACGGGCUGAGAUAGAGCCGUCGGACUCGUUGCACUCACCGGUUUCCAUUCGCCACAACGCUUCUAUCUCCCUUCGUCGACCUUCUACCUCCCUUCUCCUCCUCAACAGACGAAGCAUUAGCAGAACAAGGUUGUUGUCGUACUGCUGCUUCAAGAAUAUAAGCAAAACACGCCCGAAAAAGGCACUAAGAAUGGCGCCAUCAAGCAUCUUGUUAUCCGGAGCGAGGACUACAGUGUUUUCUUCCAGUAAACCUAAACACGUAACAUCCGCCCCGCCACCUAUCCAAUCAGAAACCUUCCCUCCCCCAAACCUUGCGUGGACCUGAAUACAAGCGAUUAAACUGAUCUCCCGUGUAAACCCUCAUUCGGAAUGAAUAUUUCCCAUGUAAACCACCUGGAAAGACUUUAAUUCCAAAUGAUUUCAUUCAGAUUUAUUUCAUUCUGAAUGAGAAGCCAUCAUGUAACCGCACCCAGUCUCAUACUGUAUUUUUGCAGUUUGUUAUGGCGUGUUGUGUUGCACCGCAGGCACGGCUCAGCUUGUACUAAAGGAGCUAAAAGUGCUUCUAUGUUUCUUUUAAAGACGGGGGUCUGGCUCUCAGCUUUCUCUCCUGCUCUAAUGAAGGUAGUGAAGAAGAACCCUCGCUGCACAGUUUGCACUGAGACACCUCAGAGCAGAGUCGUAUAUUUAAACUGUUUUCUUUGUGAAGUCUGUGAAAGGGAAAAGUACGUGAGAGAGAUACGAAAGAUAUUUUAAAAAGCACUAAUACUGAAUAGCUGUGUCAAAUAUAAGACUCUGCUCGAGAGAAGAAACAGCACAUGAUCUUCCAAAGUCGUCUUCUCUACAUUAGAGAUUUGUUAUAUUGAUUCUAUGCAGCUUUUAUUCUGUCAGCUGACCUUCGUCCUCCUCCUCUUCCUCGGUGUGUUUACCUGUAAUGUGCCACAGCAUUUAUUGUCACCUCUUUUAUUUAAACUUCACAUGUUGUGUUUAGUUUAUUGUUUUGUAUCCAGUAAUUGUUAUUGUAUUCUUUUUUUUAGCACUGUUAGGCUUUGAAAGGGAAAUAUUAACCAAGUGUUUGUCUUCCAUUUGUAAUGAUUCUUUUUACAAUUUCAUUCUUCGUUAAAUUAAUUAGAUUUUUGUAUGUUUUUUUUUUUAUGGACAACAUGGACGAGUCACGCAGCAGUUUAGCAGCGUUACAGUCGAGGCAUCACAUGAAGUUAAUCUGUGGGAAUAUUAUUUAUGUUUUGGGUUCAGCUGUUGUGAUACAGAUGAAAACAGGAGGUUAGCAACAUUAACUUGUGACAAGAGUAGUUAAUAUAUUUUGUUUUGUGACGAUUAUCAACCUGUUUGCAGUGUCUCGUACUGACUCAGCUGUUCCGUCAGUCACACCACAGGACAGUUUGGUAUUCAACACAAAACUGGAGGAGAUGAAGUGGAUGAAAAUAUUUACAAUAAUAUUUUGUAAAAGAUAAAGACCAUAUACUGUUUAAACUGCCAGUGUUUAAUUCAU